GGAAUAGUUCAGCGAUUGCUAAGGGUUUGACGGAGGAUGUGAUGACGAUUAUUAUGGAGAAUUUCGAAAUGUUUGAUAACAGAGUGAAACAAGGGAUUCUUUUAUCCACUAUGUAUAUGAGAAAAGGUGAUCUUUUAUCCCUGGGUGACGGUUUAAAUAAGGUUAUUCAAACAGCUCUAACUGAUAAAGAUGAUUUCGUCAGAACUACAGCAAACAUUCUCAAAUUCUACCCUGAUACGCAAGCCUUGGAUUUGAACAUUGAUAGCUGGUCUAAUGACUUUCAAUUAUUACUCGCUACUAUCGGCACUUCCAUCAAAAGCAACGGUUUCAACUUUCAUCCAUUGGAAGACAUGUUGUUGCAACCCGCAGCACGUACCACGCCCAACUAUGUUUCCCCUACCUACACUCACUGCACCUCCACCAACACCAGACACUUCUCCCUCAGUACCUCUCCCUCCGACAUCCUCUCUGCUGACGCCAGACACGCGCGUUUCAAAGAACUUGUUGAAACUGAAGAACGUUCUGAGCAAGCUGAAGCUCAAGCUGCUCAAGUCGUUGCUCAAAAGCGUGCUGGUGCUGAAUUUCAAAGUAAAAGCAAACGUGUAGUUUCUCCCACCAACAACCUCAACAACAAUUUCCCUUUCCCUCCUCCCUCAUCCGCUUCCGCACCAACUAUGGCAAGACCCUUUUCGUCUGUCCCCUCUGCUUCUGUUUCUUCCUUGUACACAAAGAGACCUGCCAGACCUUCCCCCUCUGCUGCUGCUGGCGGUGGCCUCUUUAUCAAACAACAAAAAUUGUCACAUCGUCCUGGAGCCACCAGACCCGCAUCCAGAGUUGCAGCACCUCAUCAAGUACCCAGGGGAUUGCAACGGGUUCAAAAGACUCAAAUGCUAGAUUUUGACGCUGCUACUGAAAUCGAGCAAAAUACUGCCAAUGCAUUCAAACAAGCACAAGAUGAAAUUAAGGCAAAAGCAGAUGCGAAAAAGGCAGAAGCGCUGGAAAAGAAGAUGAGAAUUGCAAAUGAUAAAAGGGAUCGUGAAGAAGCUAAGAAAGCUCAACGUAUUGCUGCCGCUACUGCUGUUGCUGCCAACGCUGCCGCUGCCGCCGCAGCAGCAGCUGCUGCGAAUGAAGCAUCGUUGCCCAAAUCACCUACUUCAGCACCCACAUCGCCCAAGUCACCAAAGAAAUCAUCAGACCAUGUAUUUGCUAUUCCUGCUUUACCUUCAAACAAAACCAAAACACCACCUACUGAAAAGCUCACCACGUUUUAAGAAAAAAGUUUGUUUUUUUUAGUCUCCUUGUAUAUAAUUCACUUUUUUGUUUCUAUUUCUCUUUUUUUUAUCUUUGCACUCACUCUUUGUUAUUUUGAAUAUAUACCUGGCAAAAGAGCUUAGCAUUCUUUUUUUCUUUCUAAUAAAAAAUUUUUGGUCAAUA